CACCCAUGCCUUGAUCGCAGGCGCACACGCAAAUACCCGCAUCCGCCCCCCCAAGCAUCCGGCCGUUUCUCACUCAAUCUCGUCAUCACCAUUACCGUCACAAUCACCGUCACUCGCAAGCGACCUCAUCUGUAUUCUGUACCACGCAUACACCCUUCCGCGCUCCUUCGCUAAUCCUUUUACGCUCAGCCCACGUUCAACGCCUUCUCGCUUCUCGCUUCUCGCUUCGACCUCCCCUCACGCACAGCCGCUCACGCAUCCCCAAGCAAGCCAAUCGCCUCGUACGUGCGCCCUUGAAUGUUCCCUCGCCGCAUCAGCACCGUCUGCGCAUCGUCUUUUCUCUCUCUCCAACGCCCGGCGCUCAAUCUGACCAUGGCGCCUACGCCCGUCGCGUUGAGCACAAGCGCAGCUGCCGCACUGGGCAUCUCGUCGGACCAAUCGGCUUUCAAGGAAGGCUCAGCGGUCAUCUCCAUACCCAAAUCGGACGCCGCUUUCCUGAAUCCUGUACAGGAAUUUAACAGGGACCUCUCCGUGCUUGCGAUUCGUACCUGGGCCGAGCGGAGGGACAGGGAGAAGAGGGAAAAGUUCGAACAGGCGAUCAGCAAGAGAAAAGAAAGAAGCGCGAAUGGCAGGGGCAAGAGGAGAAAAAUCGCGCACACGGCGACGUCUAAUGCGUCAGACGCAGCCUCGCUUGACAACGCCUCCAGCACAUCUGCCAAAAGGGCAGACUUGUCGGCCAGCGCUUCUUCAACAGCAGCAGCAACAGCAGCGGGCGACGUCUCUACUGCCAGCACCAGCUCGCACGCACACAUCGAUUCCUCCCACCGACCCUUUACCUUCAACAUCUUCGAAGCUCUCUCUGCAACAGGCUUGAGGUCCAUUCGGUAUGCUCGAGAGAUUCCGAACUUGAAGAGUGUGCACGCCAACGAUCUCUCGCCCACUGCUGUGCAAGCCAUUUGGAAGAAUGUGGCUCUGAACUUCCCUGCUAAUCGCGACAUCAAGCAGUGGGCGCCCGAAUUGGAUCGAGGAGAGCCGGAGAAGGAUGAUGCGGAAGCCAGCUCAACUGCCGAAGCUGCUGCCGCCGCGGCUCGCAGCGCUUCGUCUUCUGAGGCUGCGAGCGCGCAGUUUGCCAGCAAUGGCGCAGCCAAUGGGGCUGGCCAUCCAGCUAUUCAUCCCAAAUGCAAGAUCCAUGUGACAGAGCAAGAUGCCAUCGAGAUCCUCUACACUUCACGAGCGAAGGACAAGCAGUACUCGGUGAUUGAUUUGGAUCCGUACGGUAGCGCAUCGAUGUUCAUAGACGGAGCAGUCCAAGCCGUGGCGGACGGAGGUCUGCUGUGCGUCACUUGCACCGACCUGGUGGUGCUGGCGGGGAACGCGUAUCCCGAACGAGCCUACUCCUUGUACGGCGGCACGACGACGCGGAACGACUUCGUGCACGAAGUUGCGCUGAGGUUGGUUUUGGGCUUGAUUGCCACCACGGCAGGAAGGUACGGUCGAGCCAUCACGCCCCUGCUCAGUCUUUCUAUAGACUUUUAUCUCCGAGUGUUUGUCAGCGUACACACCAGGCCUGUGGAUGUCAAGAUGCUGGCUAGCACCAUGGGCACCGUGCAGACUUGUCCUGAUUGCGGUAAUUGGGACGCAAAUGCUUUCGGACGCAACAAGGCAGAGGGGAGAGCGGAUCUGAUCAAGUAUCAGGCUGGCACUAGCCAUACUGUGGGUACCAACUGUCAGGAAUGCGAUAGUCGAUUUCAUGUGGCGGGCCCCAUGUGGCUCGGACCGCUACAUACGCCCAGCUUCGCCGAGGAGAUGCUUGAGGUUCUGGAGCGAGCGCCCGUGCGCUUCCGUACAGCUCCGCGUAUCCGUGGUAUGGUGGGAAUGGCAAGCAAGGAGCUUUCCUCUCCAUUCUUCUUCAUCCCACCGAAGAUCUCCAGCUACUUCCAUACGACCAACAUUCCCCUCACCGCUGUCGUCUCGUGUCUCUUGAACGCGGGAUACGAAGUCUCUAGAAGUCAUGCGCAGCCGGCUAGCAUCAAGACGAAUGCUAGUCCGACUGUGGUGCGAGAUCUCUGGAGACAGUGGGUCAAGGAGAAGUCGCCGAUCAAUGAAAAGAAUGUGCACGAGAAUAGUCCGGCGAGGAGAUUGCUCGCGAAGGAGUGCGCUACGACAUUCGAGCUUGACAAGGAUCAUCCGCAGACGAGGCAGGUCCUCGGACUGGACCAGGACGGCAAGAAAAACGCAGGCGUCAAGUAUCAACUAAACCCUCUGCCAAACUGGGGCCCCGGAAAAGCAGCCAGACCAGAAUCUAAAAAAGAUCGCAAACGAGCAGCCGCAGCGGCUGCGGCUGCGGCAGCAUCGAGCGAGUCGAAUGGAACGGGCGGGGGUCGGGCGAAUGUCAGCGGUUUGGCUGCCAGUGCUGGAGUUGACGCGUCAGCCCAAGGCGAUGUGCAAGCCAACAACCAAGCAGCGUCAAUGGACGAAGAUGAGCUUCGCAAUUCGUAAAUUUGAUGCGAUGCACCCA